AUGGGAGGGAGUGGUGGAGGUGGCGCUGGUGCCAUUGGAGGCGGCGGGGGUCUGAUCUCCCUUCUUACCCUAGUUUUCGUCGUCCUGGCGUCGUCUUCUGGUCGGGCCGGCGCUUCGUACGAUGACACCGAUCUCGGGUCGAUUCGCGUGGUCUUCCAGGUCCUUUUCUCGUCCCCGUUUUUCUCGAUCGCUCAUUUGGGGAUGCACGGUUAUUUCAUACUCAUUCAUCUUCAUUGUCAUGGCGAUGUGGCAGUUAGGUCAAGUGAUGUCGGACUCCGCCGAUUUAUUCAUGUACUGUGUCUUCCGUUGUUUAAUUCAUGAGUUGGUACCCGUCAUGGAAGUAUUAGGCGGGGUGUCAAUCAUCUUUCGUUUCUGCGGCAUGAAUUUUUCUAGUUCUUUAAAUUGGCACGCCAAUUGUGGUGUUCUGUUGAAUUUUACACCCUGAUGUGGUAUAGCGGUUUAAGACCAAAUUUUAGUUGUGGUGUUAUUUUUGAACUUUAAACUGUGUUUCUUUCUAUUAUUUUGGUGAUCUUUGAAAACGUUGGCUUCCGAGUGUGGAUAUCAUGGUUCAGAAAAUUCCAUGCUUCUCAAUCCAAUGUAAAAUAUUUCAGUCCAACUGUUUUAUUUAUAAGCGAGAAUCACAUAUCCACUAUUGAUUUCCCUAUAUAUUUUCUAGGCCGCUUGAUUCUCUCGUUUAGGGUGUGCCACCUUCUCGUUGCCAAUUUUUAUUUUUUAAGUUUUACAUGUAAGCUGUAACUAAACAUAACCCUCCAGGGAAAUGUAGGGAAAAAAAUGGGCAUCUUGGAGAAUUGAAUUACACCUUCGUAGAUAGAGAAGAGAAACCAUAAUUAUCUCUAAAUUUCAAGGCGUACCACAUGUGACCAACCACAAAGAGAGUUCCUAUGGCGGUUGAAUUGGAUUUUUCUUUCACCAAGACCAGGUGAUUACUGAUUGAUUCAGUGCAUAAAAUAAAUGGCAGAAGCGAACUUUUGAGUCAUCUUAAUUAAUGUGAGAAAUAGUUAAUGACUAAAUAUAUAUAAUAUUUCAUCUAUUACACCAGAUGGAACCCUUGAGAAUCUCUCAUGUCAGACUCACUCAGAGAUGCAAACUGCUCCAUGAAACCGAGAUACUGGUUCCUGCCCUGCUUUCCAAAGUUUCUUUUUUCACACAAGAUCAUUGUGUGCCACAACCUCGGUUGUGUUUGCUGAGAUCAAUGCUUUCUGAUAAACGGUGCAUAAGACGGGGGGAUAUUUGGUUUGCUCAGGCUCCCCAGUUUCGACUUGUCUUCCGUCUCAUGUUGCCAUAUUCUAAGAACCUUAUUUGCCAUCUAAGCUCCAGUUCUUAAGGCAUAUGUCUAAAUUUAUUACCGGAUAGCCAGAGACAAUUAUUAAGGUUUUUGGAAACAUGUUCUUGCAUGAGCGUUCUGAUUACGCUCUUCUGUUGAUUCAAUGUCUCAUUUCCUAAAGGUACUUUUGAAUCACCGAUUGUGUAUAUCGGAACUGCAUACCAUGGUUCUGACUAGCUAAACUUUCUUCUCUGUGGGGUUGAUCAAUGAUUAGUUUUGGCACCAAGGGGUUUAUUUGGAUGGCUUGAAGAUGAAUAAUAUGUGUACAAAUAAUAAGGUUAUAAGUCAAUUUUAUCAAUAAAUGCUUGAGAACUGACUUGCACGUGACAUUGCUCAUAGAUUGAAGGUCAAAGUUUGUCAUAGUCUACUUUACUGUUCAUUGUGGUCUGUGGAUGUACGAAUGAAGAAAUUUCAUUCAAUAAACAUCUUAUAAAAUUUCUCUAUUUUACAGACAAACUAUGGUGAUAUCGAGUUUGGAUUUUUCCCUCGCGUUGCUCCCAGAACAGUUGAGCACAUAUUCAGGCUUGUCCGCCUAGGGUGCUACAACACCAACCAUUUCUUCCGGGUAAUUAACCUUUCAAUUACCUCUCCUCCUACUCCUCCUCCUCCUUUUUGAUCAUACAGAAUCUGGGUGCUUAUAGGUCGACAAGGGUUUUGUUGCCCAAGUAGCUGACGUUGCGGGGGGAAGGUCUGCCCCAAUGAAUGACAAACAAAAGAUUGAGGCCGAGAAAACAGUUAUCGAUGAAUUCAGUAGUGUCAAGCACGUGAGAGGAAUUCUUUCAAUGGGAAGGUGAUCCUAAUUUAUUCUGGACCCUUUAAUGAAAAUAAUUCAUAUACUGGGAGGGUCUUUUUCUUUAUAAUGAUGCCUUCGUUUCUUUACCUAUCUGAACAUAUGUAUCACUCAAGACGUUGUCAUUUGAAUGUGCAGCACCUUAAGGAAAACCACUGAUUCCUUAAUCGUUAUUUUUCUUCAGAACGGCUCCUUCUAGUUUCUUGUGAUUCAUUGUGUCAGUGAUAGUUGGUAACAUCAUAUAAUUAUUUUCGUAGAUAUUCCAAUCCAAAUAGUGGCGGAUCCUCUUUUUCAAUCCUUCUCGGAGAUGCACCUCAUCUUGACGGUCAGGUAGAUUUUCGUCAUUAUUAGCCUUCCUAUCUGGAUUUUUUAUUUUAUUUUAGGCUCUCUAUUUAUAUGAAAGUGGCCAUAUUCAGUAUGCCGUCUUCGGAAGAAUGACUAAAGGUGAUGAGACAUUGAAAAAGCUUGAAGAACUUCCAACUCGUAUGGAAGGGAUUUUCGUGAUGGUAUGUUGUCUUUCUUAUUUUUCAGAAGAACAUUAUCUAUUAAUUUUUUUUCCUUAUUUAUUGUUAUUUUUCCGACGGGCUACUUGUGUUUCUUCGCCCAGUAUUCCCAAAAAUCUUAACUAAUACUACAUUACUUUUCUACUUGCAGCCAGUUGAACGGAUCACAAUUUUGUCAACAUACUAUUAUGGUGAGAAGCAGAUUUCUUCACUUUUCUAAGAAAUCACAAUAUAACCUCCGAAAUAUAUACUAUGCUUAUAUUUUCAGAUUUAUUUAUUUUUCCACUGCAUUGAUCUGCUAAUUCUAUGCCAACAUGCCCAUGCCCACUCUAUCGCGAUCAGUGGAUGAGUUUUUCUCCAUAAACUUUAGCCUCUACGGGAAUAAAUUUUUCAUAUGAUUCCUUACAAGAUCUUUUCAACCGCAACAAUUUUUCUCAAUUUUCUCAACAAAUUUAAUUUCAUCACAUAGUUGCAUGAUACUGAACCGUGAAUAAAUCGGGUAGGGUGAUAGAAAUUUUACAUUUUUUUUUGUCACAAUAUGAUCUAGUGUUUAUACCAUGCAUACAAAUCAUCUAGGCCAAAACCAUGCAGGAAAUCUUCCUUCCCAAUGGGCAGAUUGACUACGAUUUAGGGCCACAUGGGCCGAUUUGAUAGCGGAUUACAGCCGGGUUGGCAUAGCGCGAUUUGGGAUUUCAAUCUUUCAGAGUUUGAUUGUACCCCAGAAGGUGUGAUUUGCUAAUUUUGAUCUCCUAUUGGAGCUGUAGACACUACGAAUGAGAGCUGUGAUGAAGAACGGUUCAUGCUGAAGAGGAAGCUUGCUGAGGCUGCCGUCGAGAUAGAAAGACAGGUGAAUUGGGUUCCUUUCCUCGAGCGCUCUCUCUCAGACGGAGAUUGUCCUCAGAACUAAAUAGGGUUUUCUUUUCAUUGCUCUCCAGAGGCAGAAAUGUUUCCCAUGA